AUGGCAAAGGAGGACUUGAAAGCGUUGGAGGAUUGGAUCCAGUGCAAGCACAUCGGAGUAGUGCACUUCAUCAAGUGGUCAUCGCUCAUGUGCAGGCUCUUACUUUUUAUCGCUAUUCUUAUGUCCUGCAUACUUUUGCUCGCGAGCCGGAGCGUGCUUGCGCGAGCGGAAACCUGGGGCGGUUGGAUGUCUCCUGGCACGUGCUUCUUCCUGACCGGGAAAGAGUAUGGGGUUGGUGUGGAGGUGUUGGAUGCCGGCAGCAUUCAUGCAGGCUAUAGCAGUGCACAAUAUUGCGGCCUGACAGCGACAGAGGUGGCUGCAAGCUUCAGCUCCAUCCUUGAGAAUCUCGAAGACAAAGGUUGGAUGGAGGAUUGUCUGCCAAAUCUGUUUGGAGAAGGAGCUGAUUGUAGGUGCAAUACAGAAACCGAGCCCUGCCCGCAAGACCACGUCAUCGACUUUGGGUACGUGUUCCAGUUUUUUAUGACCAUGUUCUGGGCGGGAUUCUUUCUCACUGCUUCGGCCUUUGACAUCUUGAACGAUGUCCGAGGCAAGUACAAGGAUCUGAAAGGCAUAACGAAGUACAUGCGGCUUGCUUGGGCUUAUGUGCUUCUAACCAUGUUGCCAAACUACUUGCUGUUCCCCUUGGGCUCAGUGAGUAUGUUGUCAGAACCGGCAGGCAAGGUGGUGAUGUUCAGAACUCCUCCCGACCUCACUCCCCUUUACCUUGCCAGCUUUCUAGUUGCAUGUCCUUGCCUUUGCGUGGCGGAAUGCUUUGCCUGCUCCAUCACGCAAGCGGAGGGUGGCAAUGUUGGCGCAAAGGGCGGCAGGUACUUCGAUUGCACCUUGUGUGUUACGAUGGCACUGCUGCUGAUUCCAGCGAUUUUCAUCAUCUCGGGCUACCUUGAAAUGGGCAUCAAGUUCUACAUUGAGUUUAACUUUCAGCUAUCCAUCGAGCUCUCCUUCACCGCUGUGGCGAUGUGGGCUAAGCUGUUCCUCGGGUUUGCAGGAGUCUUGGACACAAUUGCUUUUGUCCUGUCCUUGGCCAAGGAUAUUCUUGGCCAGUUUAAGAAGAAUAAGAGCACGCCACAGCCUGCGCAAGGGCCAGAAGGCUCAUGUUGA